AUGAGCCCAGAACCUUUGAAGAAACGUGGUUGUGCUGUUGCCUCUGGGGAAAAAAGAUCUAAGAGGAAGCCAAAGAGAAAGGAAGCAUUUUCAGUCUACAUUUACAAAGUACUGAAGCAGGUGCACCCCGACCUCGCCAUCUCGUCCAAGGCCAUGAGCAUCAUGAACUCGUUUGUGAGCGACAUGCUGGAGCGGCUGGCGGCGGAGGCGGCGCGCCUGGCGCAGUACGGGCGCCGUGCCACCCUCAGCAGCCGCGAGGUGCAGGCGGCCGCGCGCCUGCUGCUGCCCGGGGAGCUGGCCCGGCACGCCGUGUCCGAGGGCACCAAGGCCGUCACCAAGUACACCAGCGGCCAGUGA